AUGCAUCGUAGUCGCCUAGGAGCUGCGUUGUUUGCCAUUGCGGGCUGCUUUGCGGGCCUUGCUCACGCUGCACCCGCAACGACUUCUUCGUCUUGCAAAUGCUUUCCCGGCGAUGCGUGCUGGCCCAGCGCCAGUGACUGGGCUGCGUUCAACAAGACUGUUAAUGGGCGGUUGAUUGCGACAGUUCCGCUGGGAUCACCGUGCCACGAGGCGUCUUACAAUGCGACGGAAUGCCAGUUUCUGCAGGACAAUUGGCUGUUUUCUCCAAUUCACUACAACUCGUCCUCGUCGGUUAUGGCGCCCCUGUUCGCCAACGCGAGCUGCGACCCCUUUCAGCCAGAAAACACUCCUUGCACGCUCGGAAACUACGUGCGGUAUGCGGUCAACGUGUCAACCGCGGCUCAUGUCACUGCAACUCUCCAAUUCGCGGCCAAGCGCAACAUUCGCUUUGUCAUUCGCAACACGGGGCACGACUACAACGGCCGCUCAACCGGGGCCGGCGCCCUUUCAGUCUGGACUCACCACCUCAAGGACACGCAGAUUCUGGACUGGGAUGACCAGUUUUACACCGGCAAGGCCCUCAAGGUGGGAGCCGGCAUCCAGGGCUUUGAGGCGCUCGAGGCCGCCCACGCUGCCAAUCUGAUUGUCGUGACGGGAGAGUGUCCCAGCGUUGGCCUUGCUGGAGGCUACGUCCAAGGCGCCGGACACUCGGCUCUCAGCACAAUCUACGGCCUGGCAGCCGACAAUGCCCUCUCAUACGACGUGGUGACGCCCAACGGCACGCUCGUGACCGCAACCCGCUCCCAGAACCAGGACCUCUACUGGGCGCUCAGCGGCGGCGGCGGCGGCAACUACGGCGUGGUCAUCUCCAUGGUCUUCCGGGCCCAUCCAGACGCCGUCGUCGCCGGCGCAAAGUUCGCCAUUGACACGUCCUCGCUGGGCAACAGCGUGCUGUACUCCAUCGUCGACGCCUUCCACGCCGCGCUGCCGGCCAUUGUCGACUCGGGCGUCAUGAUCAUCUACUUCUUCGGCCCGGGCUUCUUCCAGGUGCCCGCCAUGACGGCGUACGGCAAGACGCAGGCCGAGGCCGAGGCCAUCCUCCAGCCCUUUGUCGAUGCGCUGGCCGCGCUCAACAUCGACCUGGCGCCGACUUACACGCAGUUCCCCAGCUACUUUGCCCACUACCAGAACUACUGGGGCCCGUUUCCCGCCGGAAACAUCCAGGUCGGCACCGACUUGUUUGGCGGGCGGCUGAUCCCCCGCUCGGUGCUCCCGAGUUUCUCCCCGACGGCGCAGAAGCUGGUCGAGCUCGGCGUCACCUUCAUCGGCGUGGGCCUCAACGUCUCGCACUUUGGCGGCGACAGCGCAAACGCCGUGCUGCCGCAGUGGCGCUCGUCCAUCGUCGAGGCGUCGCUGACGCUGCCGUACAGCUUCCAGGUGCCCUUCCAGGACAUGGUGGCCACGCAGGACACAAUCACGAAUGUCGUGCAGCCCGUCAUCGAGGCCGCCACGCCCAAUGCGGGCGCCUACAUGAACGAGGCGGACUUCCAGCAGCCCGACUUCCAGGAUGUCUUUUUCGGGGCAAACUACCCGAAGCUGCUAAAGAUUAAGCAAAAGUAUGACCCGAAAAGCUUGCUGUAUGCGAGGGCCGGAGUGGGCAGCGAGGUCUGGACGGUGGCUGAGAAUGGCCGCAUGUGCAAAACUCAGUCAUGA